AUGUUGUCGUUCAGGAACCUGGACCGCAGGUUGUCCUCGUUAUUGAUGAUGGAAUGUCGAUCGGCAGAAACGGAACCCGGAAUCUAUCCCUAUGAAAGCGAAAGACACUAUAAAAUAUAUCGAUCCCAGGCCUUGCCCGCAGCGCUCGGCAGACAAUUUUCUAGCAAUCACACCAGUUCGAUAGUCCAGUCAAACAAUCCACAUCCUCCCUAUCGAAUCACUCAAUCGAUCUUCGUUUAUGUUUCGUGGUUCACAUAUCCAGAGCAAGAAACGGUCUUGACGGCGAUAUCUAAUCGAGUGGGCAUAUACUUGUAUACACGUGAAGGAAUCGUUAUGCAAGAAAUGGAAAGCCACAUCAGAUUCACAUAUAAAUCUUACCAAACUGUCUUACUGCCUCCAGAAAAAAAAUCCGAAAUCUUCCGACGGGAUUCAGGGGCCAAGACAACAACCAACGCAACAAUUCCAUCCAAACAAAUCGAAAAUCAUGGGCUAGAAGGACUCUUUCUACUGGUCAAUUCAUGA